GCGUGCGGCUUGACGGGCGUGGAACGGCCGUUAGGCGACCUGAGGAGCGGAUUCGCCGCUCGUGCGGACGUGGUGGCCGCCGUCAGUAUCCCAGAGUGAGGGGGGUCGCCGCUCGCUCUCGGGCCCGUUUGUCUCAGGUAACUGAUGGCCAUGCAAGAAAAAUACCCAAAUGAUAGGUCUCAUGCCGCUUCACCAGGUUCCAAUGUGAUUCAGAAAGGCAGUUCUCUGGGAACUGAGUGGCAGACACCGGUUAUCUCAGAGGCCUUUCGGAGCCGCUUCAGCCGCUGCUCAAGCAUCGCUGACAGUGGGGACACAGCCAUUGGAACAUCAUGCUCAGAUAUUGCAGAGGAUUUUUGCAGCUCAAGUGGCAGCCCUUCCUUCCAGCCAAUCAAAAGCCACAUAACCAUUCCAACAGCCCAUGUGAUGCCUUCUACUUUGGGGGCCUCUCCUGCCAAACCAAAUUCUACACCUUCUGGGCCUUCUGCUAAACUCCCCUUGUCAGGAUUGACCGAAGGUGUGGGGAUGACAAGAAACGGAGACUUUGGAGCAGUGAAACGUUCUCCAGGCCUAUCAAGAGACUUUAUGUAUCUCCCUAGUGCUGCUGGAGAAAAUGGGAUUCAGCAGUCCUGGUUUCCAGCAGUGGGCCAUGAAAGAGAGGGGGAGAUGAGGAAGUUUGAUGUUUCUAGCAUGGAGUCUACCCUUAACCAGCCAGCCAUGCUAGAAACAUUAUAUUCAGAUCCACAUUACCGAGCCCAUUUCCCCAACCCAAGACCUGAUACAAAUAAGGAUGUAUACAAAGUGCUGCCAGAAUCCAAGAAGGCACCAGGUAGUGGUGCAGUAUUUGAUCGGAAUGGACCACAUGCUAGUAGCAGUGGGGUGCUCCCUUUGGGACUCCAGCCUGCUCCUGGGCUUUCCAAGUCACUCUCCUCUCAGGUGUGGCAACCAAGUCCUGACCCUUGGCAUCCUGGAGAACAGUCCUGUGAACUCAGUACUUGUCGACAGCAGUUGGAAUUGAUUCGUUUACAGAUGGAACAAAUGCAGCUUCAGAACGGAGCGAUCUGUCACCAUCCUGCUGCUUUUGCUCCAUUACUGCCCACCUUAGAGCCAGCACAAUGGAUCAGUAUCUUGAACAGUAAUGAACAUCUCCUGAAGGAAAAGGAGCUCCUAAUUGACAAGCAAAGGAAACAUAUCUCUCAGCUGGAACAGAAAGUGCGAGAGAGUGAACUCCAAGUCCAUAGCGCCCUUUUGGGCCGCCCUGCUCCCUUUGGGGAUGUCUGCUUGUUGAGGCUACAGGAGUUGCAGCGAGAGAACACUUUCUUACGGGCACAGUUUGCACAGAAGACAGAAGCCCUGAGCAAAGAGAAGAUGGAGCUUGAAAAGAAACUCUCCGCUUCAGAAGUUGAAAUUCAGCUCAUCAGGGAGUCUCUCAAAGUGACACUACAGAAGCAUUCAGAGGAGGGGAAGAAACAGGAGGAAAGGGUCAAAGGUCGUGAUAAACAUAUCAAUAAUUUGAAAAAGAAAUGCCAGAAGGAAUCGGAGCAGAACCGGGAGAAACAGCAGCGUAUUGAAACCUUGGAGCGCUAUCUAGCUGACCUGCCCACCCUAGAAGAUCAUCAGAAACAGACCGAGCAGCUUAAGGAUGCUGAGUUAAAGAACACAGAACUGCAAGAGAGAGUGGCUGAGCUGGAGACUGUGCUGGAGGACACUCAGGCAGCCUGCAGAGAGAAGGAGGCCCAGCUGGAAAGUCUGAGACAAAGAGAAGCAGAAUUCUCCUCUGCUAGACAGAGCUUUCAAGAUAAACAGUCUAUGGAGGAAGCCAGUGGAGAAAGCCUCAAAGUGGAAAUGGAAUCCCAGCAGAAGGAAUGUGAUUCCCUCCGAAAGAUCGUGGAGAGGCAACAGCUGAAGAUGGAGCAGCUGCACUCCCAAGUCCAGAACCAAAAGCAAGAACUGGCACAAGAAGAAGGAAUAAGCCAGGCAUUGAGAGAGGAGGCCCAGCGGAGGGAGGCCGCUCUGCAGCAGAUGCGCACAGCCGUGAAGGAGCUCUCAGUGCAAAACCAGGACCUGAUUGAGAAGAAUCUGACUCUGCAGGAGCACUUGCGCCAGGCGCAGCCGGGGUCCUUAGCCUCCUCACCAGAUGCGGCCCAGCUGGCGUAUGAGCUGCAUCAGGAACUGGCCAGUUGUCUACAAGAUCUGCAAGCUGUCUGCAGCAUUGUGACCCAGAGGGCCCAGGGCCACAAUCCUAACCUCUCUCUACUACUAGGCAUUCACUCCACCCAGCACCCAGGGACGCAGCUAGAUCUGCAGAAGCCAGAUGUGAUCAGGAGGAAACUAGAAGAGGUUCAACAGCUGCGCCAUGAAAUUGAGGACUUAAGGACCAGCCUGUCAGACAGAUAUGCCCAGGACAUGGGAGAAAACUGUGCGACGCAGUGAGGAGUGCUAGGGGGAACCUAGGCUGCUGCUAGCCUCCCCAGAAGGUUCCUUCCCUGACAGUUCUGCCUUCUGCUGCUGCACCCAGAGGGGAGAGCCUGUAUCUGGGGCCAGGGUUGUGAGAAACCUGCCUGUUUUGCCGUACUCUGGCUUUGCCUUAUUGGGUUAUGUUUUGCCUGUUAUGUUAAUUCACUCUUAAACGCUGAGUUACUAAUUAACCUUUUUGCAGAUUUCAACUGAUAAAGUCCUCACAAGAGUUGUUCCCAGCUCUAACGUGGCAUGAGAAACAGACAGGCUGCUGGCCUCCGUCCAUCCUCCAGGAUGGAUCCAUGCUCAUUCCUAUCCAUACCUUGGUCCUACUGAUGCUCUGUUAAGAGAGGCCUAAAGGGUAAAGUGGGAGUAGCAACCUUCUAAGAAUUCUCAGGCCCCUUGUAUCAGUCUUCCUGGGAACUCAGCUGGCUUUCUGGGUUUUCUCGGGUACCUGCUUCCUCAGGGCUGUAGUUCCUACAGAGGCCUCGGGGUUACCUACCCCUCAGCAAAGUCCCUACUGUGAUUCCUGGCUUGGGGACAGUAGCCCAAGCAGGGCUCCUUAGCCUGCCUGCUAGGCCAUCUUUUACAGGAAACUCUCCUUAGCUACCCUUUGUCUGUCCCUAGAACCUUGGGCAUGUCAGCAUGUGCUUGGGGCCCCUGGGUCUUCUAGGAGUCCAGACUCCUCUGUGGCUGCCCUGUGGUCCCCCCGUAGGACCACAGGGAGCUGUGGCUGCUCACUCCUUCCUAAAGCUGGGGUCUGUAGCCGGUCCUCUGAUUGUGCCUCUCGUCUGGGGUUAGGAGGAUUUCCUUUUCAUGCUCUGACCCUGAGCAUUCGGAGCACCUAAGAUAAAAAAGUGUUGAGUGUUUUCUGGUGUUUUGUGUUUCUCUAGGGGCUUUGACCCUUAGCUUUCUGGUUUUUCUUGCCUCCCAAUUUAGGGAUCGUCUCAGUUUUACCUGGUUGUUGGGCCAGCCCUCAACCUCCUCUAGUUUGGAGCCAAGGGCCCUGUAUGUAUGAGGAGCAAAGUAGUUGUGGGAGUGCAGAGGCAGCCAUGACAGGACUUCUGCUAAGCCUCUGGGCUGUUCAAAGCACCCUGGACCUCCAGGGCCUAAGGGGGCCUCUUUACAAGUGUUUUAACAAGUUUAUGUUUUAUUUAUGGAGUGGCUUACCUUUCAGAGUAGCCACACCCAGUUGACUAUCCCCUCAGCCUCUGGGCUGCUGCCUCCUAAAAGCAGAGCUUCCUGGUUAGUCUCCACCCUGUCACCAGGAGCCCAGCUUCCAUGCUCACGGGUAUUUUUCUUCGUAAAGUUUAUAAAGUUAUUUAUAUGAAUCUUUGUUAUGUCGACUGGUUUGUAUUGCCUAUUUUGAUUACAGAAUAAAACAUUUAACAGACACUUCAGUCUCCCGUUGCCUCCCGCAUCACUUGCCACCUCUCCCUUUGACAAUUUGAAAUGACUUUAGGCAGAUCCAGAUUGGAGCCUGGGUCUCUUCCCACUUGGGCUUCGUGCAGAGGCAGAUGAAGUCUCUGUCGCAGAGAGUUGUCACUACAAAGUCGCAGACCUCUCAGAGGACAGCAGCUUCUGGUUUCUGUGACUGAGGAAGUGACGUUCCCAGAAGCAGAUAGGCAGUUAGCCUCAGCAGGUAGCAGAGUUGUAUCUUUCCUGGGCCCCAGGUCUACUCGUGAGGGAGCUAUAGUGAGCCUAACAGCUUGAGCCACAGUGGGGAUGGGUGCUGGACUCCCUCAUUAGCUGAAUUCCUAAUAUUCAAAGCCGAGGGGUGUCAUUUGCAAUGUAGAGUUGAGUUGGGAUCACCCCAAAAACAGCUAUGCAUCUCUACCAAGGGCCAGGCUGAGUUGUGGCACUCGCCCUUGACCCCACACACUAGCAAGCUGUCCCGCCAUCUGGCCCCCUCCCGAAGGGUGUGUGCCGCUCCCCCACGCCCUGGCUUUCAGCCGCCACCCCUUUCUUGUCGGAGCCUGUUUGAGUGGAGAGGUGACUUAGAGAAAGUGUCUUGGCUGCACUGCCCCACCCCCAGCUUGAGAAUUGACCCGCCUUCCAAGCCGCCUUCUCUUGAGAGACCUCCUGGGGACCAGCGUGGCGCUGCUUUGGCCACUGAAUGUACACCCGGGGAAACCGGGCAGAGCGCGCAGCUGAACCGGCCCGCCUGCCUUCCCAGCCUUCCCUGCCUUUUAGCCGGUCCCCGGCAGGAGCCCCAGGUCAGGAAGGGCUGAGGGGUUUGUGGGGGAGUGAGGCAGCUGCGGAGGGAGGUCGGGGGUCCUCCCGGCUCCGGGCCACGGAGCAGGGCGGCGUCGUGCAGGCCCCGCCUUGCCCGCCUGCGCAGCUCAUUGGUCCCGAGAGCAGUGACACGCGGGCGGAGCAGGAAGGAAACCGCUCCCAAGCGCGGCGGCAGCGUAGUUCCUAGCCGUGCAGCUGCCGCUCCCACCGUCCCUCAGUUGCUCCGUGUCCCCUGUCUGCAGCAUGAGUGGCCUGCGCGUCUACAGCACGUCGGUCACCGGCUCUCGUGAAGACUAUGAACUCUUCGUGGAGGCCGUGGAACAGAACACACUUCAGGAGUUCCUGAAGCUUGCCUGAGUCAGGAUGGCCAGUCACUGCCCAGCUCUACACCAGGCCUUGUAACCAACUCCUAGUCCUUCCUAAUCUUGUGACCUUGGAGUCCCUCCCUGCAAACCCGGGGCCCUUUCUGUAGCCUCCUCUUCCUUCAGAGGCAACAUUCCUCAUUCAGCAACUGGUCUCAGAGAUUGUCUUAAGCCCUGAUGCUGGCUGUCCCUAGCCAGACUGCGGGCAUCGUCUCCGCCUGGCCCUGUCUGAUGAGCAUUUCUGUUGCUUCCAUCAGCCAGAGUUCUGCCAAAUGCCCCGCAUCCCCGUCCUAGGUGCAUCCUGGAGACAAUUAAAUGCCCAUUCCUCUGG